GGUUAAACAAAAAGGCUGGUAAAACAAAAUAAAGAAAAUUCUUUCAGGUGUGUUUACUUCCCACUAAAUCCCCAUCCAUAUGGAUUACUAUGAGAGACAAUCAGACACUUACUGCGAAACUCGCCACGCCCCCUUUUGAGGAACGCCAUUUUGUUGACACACAGACAGACGAGAGUCCAAAUAAGCUUCUUUCGUGCUUUAAAAAAACACACACGCGUGAUCGUGACAUGCGGCGCAUGUAAAGACGAAAUGUGCACACAGUCCCGAUAACAGCGCCUUUAGGUUCAAAUUAGCGCUGUGCCGGCGCUAUGAAACGGCACGUCGGAAGUACCCGGGUCACCCAUUUCGGCAUCAAACUCGCCUCGAUUGACGUCACCGAGCCAUCUUUGUCCGCCUUAAUCCGGGCGUCUGUUUAUUGCGCCUUCAUUACUCCACGGACCCCCUGACAGCGCCGGGCUCCAGUUCAGCCUGCAGGUGCAGCAUCGCCGUGUAGAAAUAGGAAGAGUUGGUAGAAAGGUUUUUUUAUUAACUUUGUGUGUAGUCGCAAAGGGGAAGACAUAUCUCAGCGGCAGAGACAAGCCAGUGCUCCUCCUCGGCUAUAUAGGCAGGGAAACGGCACAAUAAGCAACCAAAGGGUGCCAGAGGGUAGAGAGGAGCGCAGAAGGCAAUCCACAUCAGUCUGCCAGCCACUUAGUCCGCGCUAACAUUUCCAGUCCGGAUUUCAGCACAGCUGUCCAGCCAACACUACCAGGAACAUGUCUGCCCCAGCUGGAGCCCCUGCAGAUGGAGCGAAUCAACCCCCCAACCUCACCAGCAACCGUCGUCUGCAGCAGACACAGGCACAAGUGGAUGAGGUGGUGGAUAUCAUGCGUGUAAACGUGGAUAAGGUUCUGGAGCGUGAUCAGAAGCUGUCAGAACUGGACGAUAGGGCUGACGCCCUGCAGGCUGGAGCCUCUCAGUUUGAGACCAGCGCUGCAAAACUGAAGAAUAAAUACUGGUGGAAGAAUGCCAAGAUGAUGAUUAUCCUGGGUGUGAUAUGCGUGAUUAUCCUCAUCGUCAUUAUUGUGUACUUCAGCACCUAAGAAGAGUUGCUCCUACCCCAGUCUACUCCUUCCUUGCUACAGAAAAAAAAAACUCAAAUUGAUUACAACAUUAACCAUUAUCAUUAAUUUAUUAUAUAUAUCUCUUGAUUAGCCUCGAUAUAUAACGCCCCUAAACCUUCAGGGCCCCAUGGCUCCCCCACUUCCACAACCUCGCCUCUGGACCCCUGUCAAUAUUUGUCCUGUGAGUGUGUGGCCCUGUCUCCUUUCUGGGUACUCGUGGCUUUUCUAACCUGCCACACUGAGAACCAAACACUUGUGACGAAGCAACAACAGAAAAGGAAGCAACAAUUGCCGAUAAUUGUUACAUAACUGAUAUAUAUAUAUAUAGUUCUUUGUAGAGUUUUAUUCUGAUAUAUAUACUGUUUUGUAGGUGUGUGUGCGUGUGUGUGCAUUUUGUAUUUUUUGUAUUAAUUUUACGUAUGCGUCAGCGUUAACUACUGCCUAUUAAUCAAAGUGUGUAUCUUGCAUGUUAUCAUCAUCGGUCUGUCCCCCUGCUUACUCUCUCUUUUCGAUGUAUUUUUGCAGAGUGGAGUUAGUUUCUGAGUUUCGGCCGGUUACUCUCGUCCACUGAGAAAGUCCAAAAUAAGCCAGAGAGCUAAAACUUGUACAAAAAAAGAUGUCAAGUUAUAAAGAUUUGAGCUACUACACAGACAAAACUUCCCCUGAGAAUGCCCCAGGUUUCUCUUACCUCAGCUCCAAAUUUCUAUAACUUGACGCCAUCAAGGAGUUCAAGUCUUGGCUUCUUUGCUGGCUUUCUGAAAGAGUUCAUGCUCACUCAUAUUGAUCAGACAUACAAAUAAUGCAUGAAUCGUGAAACUAAUUCCUAGUAAUUGUUUUCCAGCCCUCUUCAUCGGAUACUCCCAGUAUGUUUCAUUUCUCUUUCUCCAUUUCACACUUCUGUCAGCAUGCUUGAACACCUCAAUUUCUUCUGCUAAGUUCUAAAACUGCCAUAGUACAGUCGGACCAAUGUCUGUAGAUGUUUCUUUUUUAUUUCAAUAUUACGUAGUGUCUUAUUUCGAAAACAUUCCUUCAUUGCAGUCUAGUGCAAAUGGUCUUACCGUAGCACAUGUAAGUGUAAGUAUCUUUAAAAAAAAAAAAAAAUACAAGCAAUGAAACUUGUGUCGAAAACGUCGAUCAUACAAACCUUAAGAGAAAAUAGUUAAUGGCUUUAAGGGUUCGUUUUAAAUAGACAGGAUUAGACUUUCAAUCUGUCUAAAUAAUUUUCUUUUGUAAUUAGGGUGUUGUUAUCUUAAUGUUACACGUAGGCUACAGUAUACUGUGGAGAUGUCAUUCAUGUCAAACUGUGGAUAUGGGCUUAAAAAAAAAAAAUUUCUCAUGCAUAAAAUGGGGCCGUUGCAUAAAUUGUUGAAUUUCCAUAAAGCAAAGGUUCAUUCUUCCUGGCCCGUUACGUACAUGGACCCUGAAAAGCCUUAGUCUCCAGUCACUUCUAUUAGUUACCGUAGAAUAUAUCCAGUCAAACCCGCCCUCACACUUUAGUGUGUGCAGGGGGAGUGGCUGACUGCAGAAAAAAAGGAAUCUGUUUAAAAUGCACAAACAACCUUGUUUUUGAUGGCGCUGUCUGGCUGGUCAAUAGACUGGCCAAAGGAGAUCCUCAUGCAGCGAAACCUCUCUACACGAAGAGCACAUAAAAAGAAAAAGACAUAAUUCAGCCUUAUUUGCAAAUCCAGGGACAGGGGCUAAUGAGGACAAUGUCAAAUACACAGUGGAGUUUUUUUGAUCAGCAACUUUGGGGUAAGCUCAGAAAUGUACUGUCAAAGGUGACAAGAAGCACGAGAAGCAAUUAUUCAAAAGUAGUAGCGCGCCGAAAGAGGAGUGUCUUUGCCAGCGCGGUGGUUCUGUCUCAGUGUUUCUCCCUCUAGUUAAGGCCUUUUUUCUUUUUUUAAAUAUAAUAGAUUCUAUUUUUAUUAUAGUAUAUUUUUGUGUGAAACAGACAGGUAAAGAGGAAGUGUGCAAUCAGUACUAUUUGCUGCCAACAGCAGUGAGUUCCUCUUUACCUCAGUCUGGUGUGUUUUUUGUAAUUCAGCUCUGUGCGUUACACACUGCCAAGCAACAAGGGAGAGGCUUCUAUUCUUAUUGCAGAUUUCUUUCAUCGGUGCCCGAGCUGGUUUGGUCUUAAAACAUUUCUUAACAUGUUUCUGGCAUCUUCUCCUGUGUGUACUACUUUUGGCUACUUUAUGAGCAGGAGAGCAGGGCAACAUGAUGCACUUGUUGGUUUUCUUCAGUCAAACUAAGGCCCUGUGCACAUGAACACGAGAUGACAGAGACCUUCAAAUUAAAUCUUCUUGAUUUGAGACUAUUUUACUUUCACCUCUGAAAGUUCUCUAUUCACUGAGUUGUUGCCUGUGCAGGCUUGCAUUAAUAAAUGCUGAACGGGAAGCAACGCAACUCAACUAUACAAAAGAAUUAGCACAUUUUCUUAUAUAGAAGGCUGGAAAGACCACAAAGCCACCCACGAUAUUUCAGUGUCUAAAGCCUUAGUAGCCUUGUCUCUUUUCAACAUGACUUUUUAUCUUCUCCACCAGCUGAGUAAACCAACUUGCCCCACUUUGCUCAACCCACUGAUUCAAGAUCCUAUAGUGUGUGUGUGUGUCACUGUCGGCGCAGGUGCAUCAAUGUGUGUAUGUGUAUGUGUAUAGCUCUGUUUUGGGAAUAUCCCCAGUUUAUCCCGACAGAUUAGGACGUUUAAAUCUCAGAGUGAGGGCAAGUUGUUUCCUUGACCACCGAAGUACACGAGCAGACAGGUUACAGAUCUGCCGGCCAGUUCUAAUAAGGAAGGGCCCGAACCUUAACAAACCUCCUCCCCUUCCCAUGUUUUCUUCCAAACAGAGCAAAAGUAAACUGCAGAAGAUUACUACCAAAGACCAGAUUUCCAUGCUUAAGCUGUCAAUUGCCAUCAAAAACAAGUGGAGAGAAACUGGUUAUCCAAACUAUCCAAGUCUGUUUUAAAUAUCCGUACCCUAUUUAUCCACAGAUAACAGGACCUUUUAACUUUCGCACACUAUUCAUAUGGUGUGUCAGUUUGGCUAGUGAGUGUGUGCCAUUCUAACAUAUGCAAGUUGAACCAAAACAUGAGGGCCGCGUGCUUCAAAUCUCAAACACAGCCUGGCCCAGCGGGCGCAUCUGGGUCUGAAGAGCCUCUUUAAUCUAAAACAAGUUUCAAGACACAAGAUCCUAGAACUAAUAAUAGCACAACUCUUCUUUUUUUGUCUCCAUAGUGCUGCGAGUUCUAAAAUGAAAAGACAUUAAACAAACUAUAUGCUAUCAAAAAUAACUGAGAAAAACGUUCUAAAUGUUUGCAUUGUUUGGUGUUGUAAUAUGGGGGUGUUUUGGGGGGUAGGGGGUCCUAUAUCCUCAGGUUUAAGGUAUUAGCAAUUUACCAAAAUAUAUGAGGACAAAACUAUAUAAGCAAAGUAUAACAUUGGGUUUUUGGCAAUAUAAAAUCUCUAUAGGGUUACAAAUGUGGUCCUUUUAGCCAGCCUGCAGGAGUUAACCACACAGUGGGCUGAAGUGAAGUAUAACACUACUGAUUGGGGUAGGACUUCUGUGUUGUCCAUAAAUCCGUUGUAAGUGCUCAACUAAUUUGGUCCCGAUGGUGAAAAUGAAGUGAGUGCUCUCUUUUUUCCGUUUCUUUACUGUCUGUAUAAAAAGGAGUGUGUAUAUUUUAACACUGUGGCACUUUUUUCUGUUGUGAUUCAAUCAUUUUGGUGGGAUGGAAACAUAAUUCGGGGGGGGGUGGAAUAUUGUUUUAUGUCAACCAUGUGAAUUGUUCAGCGACCUCAAUUUAAACGCUGUGUUCAGGUUAUUUGGGGGUGAUCCAAAAAAUGCACACAUUCCAGGUUUGAAAUAUAACUUGUGAACUUAAGCAGAAAUGAGAAAAUAGACCAACAAAAAAUCCAAUCGUUCAACAAAGCAUUGCCUAAUAGGUUUCAGAGCAGAGAAUGUUCCCCAACGUUUAUUUUCACCCCCAAAUGAGAUGAAUGCAGCAAUAGGAGGGAACCUUUUGAGUCUCUGGAUGGUUAUACUAGUACAAUAUUCUUCUUAAUGUAUGUUUGUAUUUUCUGACCAACUAUUGUGUUUUUCUUUUGCAUCAAUUUAGUAAUAACUCCAGAUGUCACUGAAUUGUUUGUAUGUAAGCACUGACGGGUAAAGGUAAAGAAAAGGGAGGUUAAUGGGGGGGGAAAGUAUUUUUACCUUCAAUUGUCCAGAAUGAUUCUAAAGUUUACAUCAGAUGGCCGUUUGUAUCUACAAGAUAUAUUUUUUGUUUAAAUCUGUUUUAUUUUUGAGGAUAGAUUUAGAUUUCUCUUUGGGACUGGGGUUUCAGGGAUGAAGGCCCGUAUUGCCCCUGGUCAUCUGGCCUUACAGGAGGGACAAGACUGGAGGAUCAUGGGCAAUGUGCUCAGUUUAAUCUUACUUUUUGUUUUGUUUUCCUUUGCUCUUAUUUAUUGAUAGAUUUAUUGUGCUGUCAUUUGGUAUGGGAUUAGAAACUAAAUGUAAAGAAAAAGGAGACUGAAUGAAUAACUGAAGUACAUAAAAUAAUUGUCGUGUAAAUCUAUCAAUGUCUUAUUAUAUUGAUGAACAUCAUGAAAUAUAUGUAUAUUGGAAAACAGUA